AUGCCUAGUCGCAAGAAAAGUUCUCAAAAGAAGCCUAUUAUAAAAAGACUUCUAGAUGGAAUCUUACCAAAAAGAAGAACAACAAUUGAUACCACAGGCAAUACAACAGAUGAUGAUACACAACUUAAUUCAUCUCAUACAUUAGGUAAUCGAUCGUCUAGUGCCUUAAAACGGCACGAAGAAUUGCCAAAAAGACAAGGAACAUCACCUGAUCCAACUUUAUCAGGUGGUGCCUCGUCAAAACAAGGUGAAAAUGAGACUCCAUUGGUCACGGCCAAUAGUCAAUUCUUUUACUCACCAAUGUAUCGACGAUACUUUGGCUUAACACCACCAAAUCCACGAUUAUGUAAUCCUCGGUUAUUAGAGGAUUAUAUUGAUUGGUACAUCAAUGUGUACAUGGAAGAAGAGCUUCCAUGGGCGUGGAUGAAUGUUGGUAAUGCUCAACAAAGAGCUGAACAAAGUGAACAGGAAGCAAGGGAAGAAGCAAAAAGAUUAGCUUCGAUUUCGACAACUCCAACUGAAAGAAAGUAUUUCAACAAGUCGAAUCAAAUGGUCAAUUAUGGAAUAAACUUUCCUUUUUGA